GUCGGGUUGAGUCGUUUCUAUUUUGGUAGGCUACGGACUUGAAAUUCAUGCCUGCCGGUAGGUCUGUAGUUGCCCGCCCGUCCAUCUCGGCCAACGGCGUAUUCCUCUGCCGGACGAACCUCCCGCGGCAAGCCAUCUGCCCCAGCUUGCAUCUGGAAAUUUGCUAGGUCUCAAACUUCAGUUCGGCAAGUUUUGUUCGGCAACUCCAAAUUUUUAAACUUUUUAGAUCUCCAACUUCAAACAGCACCACAAUCUCAUCCCAUUCACCAUUUCAGCACGACCGACGAGAAAACGACCAGUUUUCUUCAACGGGGAGUCUAUACCAGCUACCAGCGCCCCCAGCACGGCAGCACCGCUGCGACCCACCACAAGCUACCGCGCGCAGCGCUUUUCCCUGCCGUCCGCCGCCCAGCUUGACUGGCUGACUGUCGACUGUGUCAAUCGGCCGCACCUGCACGCUGAAAAAACUCUGAUUUCCGUCUUUCCUACCCCCUACUCAUCCAGGUAAACUAAAUUAAAAAUUAAAUCCCAGAUUUUGUUCAAAAUAGAAAAGGUUUUAGAUUGAUUCAAUGAACUUGUAUGAUAUGCGUUUAAGAAAUAUUUCAGAUUCAAUAUUAAUUUAACUUCAAUUACUUCUUUUGUCUAAAUAAGUAAAUUGUAGUUUUCUGAAAUUUCAAUUAGUGAAAUUUAAGAACAAAGGAAAUAUAAAAAGUCCUGCGCACCCUUCUUUAUCGGAUCAUUUCAACUUCAGGUCUUUAUCUUGUUUUUUAAUUUUCAAUUAAAUGGUAUUCCUUCAUUUUAAAAUCUUGAAUUUCACCUUAUUUUUUAAUUUCUGCCUUAUUGUAAAAAACACUUGUUCGGUUGCUCAUUAUUUUUAACCCAACUUCACAUGAGAAGAACUGAAGAAGUGAUAAAAUCUGGUUUAGGUUAAUGUGGUAACAACUUAGAUUGGGUUAAAGCUUUCAAGAACAGCAUAAGCUUCUCUUUGGUGUGUAAAGAAUUAAAGAUAGUUACUGAGAUACUAUUACAAAUACCUUAGCAGUGCUCUAUUUUAAACUAUUAUUGCAAAGAUGGUGAAUUAAUAAAUCAAUGUGAUUUUUUUUUUAAAUACAAUUUCAUUGGCAACUUUUUAUAAAUAGCAUUGAAAGCAUUCUUGCCUUUUCCAUCAUUUACAAUGGAGUCAAAGACUCACUAUUUUUUGGCUUGGGAAUACGAUAGAAUAAAGCAAAAUGGCUCACUAAACUAUAUGAGUUUCUUUGUUAUGAAGCAAUAUUCAGUCCAUGCAAUUUUUGGCGGAAUUUUCACAAUGGAUUAUUUGGAAACAGUCUCUAUGUGCUUUAGUACAGGGGUAAGACUGUGAACAUCUGACCUCCCUUACCCCACCGAAGGUGGGAGCCUUUGCGGCACUGGGGUAAUGAUGAUAAUGAUGAUGAUUGAGCAUUCUUGCUGUUAACAGGGGUAAUUAGCAUCAUGUAUGUUUGUUAAGCAUAUUCUCAAAUUUCUUUUACCUCACUAGAUGACCAUAAAUGUUGUGAAUGGAUGGAAUAUGCCAUAUCUCAUUAUCACUGCAAUGUGGUCUGUAACAUGGUAAGAUGAAACAAUUAGACAUCAUGAGUCGCACUUGUAUCAUUGUAUAUGAUUAAAAUUUAUUGGUAUUUUAACUAAAUUUAACUUGGAGCAGUAUUUAAGUAUCAACCCCUUUUUUAAAAUAUGAUUGUUACUUAUGAAGAUCUUUUUAAUAUUAUCUAACCUUAUCAUAUGAUGUGGUGGAUUGUUGUAGAGUUAAAUUUGUGGCAUUUUUUUAUUUGGCUUUGAUGAAAACUUCUAUUCUUGUAAAAUAUUUGUAAUACUUCUUUUUGUAUUUUACCUUGUUGCAAUUGAAGUUUUUUUUUUAUAUAUAAUUUUUUACCAUGCUCAAUUGAAAUGCUAAAUCCACCCCUGUUCAUAAUGUGAGUGAUGAUAUAAAAUUAUAAACGAGUUCCUAGAAUAUUAGGCAGUGCAUGAGAAUGGGAUUUGCAACCUUGGAGUCACCUAAAUCUAUGAUGUACAUUUAUAAUUUUUUUUAUUGUAGUUGAUCUAUAGACAGUAAUUUCCAUCAAAACCACAUCCUGAACUUUAUUUGUCUCUCUGUUAUUGAUUUUCUUCGAACUAAGCAUAUCCUUAUUAUUCCUAAUAUUGUUAAUUAGCGUUUUUGAACAGUCGAAUCAUAUUAGCGAUUCCUCAACAGUCAGUCCUCACCUACUCGAUGCGAUUUCACAUUGAAUUUCUCGUGCCUGCUGACCCCCAAACAAGAUUCAAGCACCAGUAAGUGUAAAUGGUGAUGGCAAAGCUCAGGCCAUGUUUUUCUUACGUUCACCAUUUCCUUCCCGCACGCAAGCUCUCUUCAUCUGCAGUGCUCGAAGAGUCCAUCAGGGCAGCCAUUGAGAACAAACAUUAUGAGCGAAUUCCCGACCUCAUCCCUGCCUCCAACCCCUCUCUGCAGACCCACAACCCUUUCUCAUUCCUCUCGACCUUCCCGGAAAGUGCGAGAAUCAGGGUCGUUGAUGACAUUUUGCAGUCAUUUAUUCCUCUCCGACCCCGUUAUCGUCCUUCAAGAGCCUAUUCUUUUCUUCUCUCUCACACCCUACAGAGCUCGAACCCGCUCCCUAUAGCUCUUGUGAUUCUUCAACGUACUAUCCGUUCUGGCUGUCUUCCUCCCCCUCAAUCCCACUUGCUCCUUUCCAAUGCGUGGAUUAAACGCAGGAAGAAUCUGCUCUCGGUCUCUGAGAUACUGUCAGAAAUGAAUGCGAUUGGAUAUACUCCAGAUUCCGGAACUUGCAAUUACCUUAUUUCCUCGCUAUGCAAGGUGGAUCAGUUGAAAGAAGCCGUUAAUGUGUUGAGGGGAAUGGGACAAGCUGGGUGUAUUCCGGAUUUGGACAGCUAUGGAUCUUUGAUUUCCGAGCUGUGUGAGCUCAGAAUGAUUGAUGCAGUUUCUGAGAUGAUAAGGGAAAUGGUGGUGACAGUCGGAUUGAACCCUAGACAGGAGAUUUUGGUGAAAGUGCUUGAAGCAAUGCGGGCUAACAAGGAAAUAUGGAGAGCUGUUAAGUUGGUUGAGAUGUUAGAAGCCGAGGGAGUGUUCCUUGGAUUCAAAUGCUUUGAGUUGGUUCUUGAAGGAUGCAUAGAGUGUAGGCAGUUUGUCUUGGCGGGGAAAUUCGUGAUGGAUAUGACUAAAAAGGGAUUCAUACCGUACAUUAAGGUAAGACAGAAACUGGUUGAGGGUCUUGCUAGUGUUGAUGAAUGGGAGCUUGGGAUUGCAGUGAGGCAGAGAUUCACGGAGCUAAAGUCGUAGCUUUUCCAGCACUUAUACAAGAAUGUGUUUUGGCUGGUCAAUGGAAGUUAGGGCUUAUGACCAAACUUCUCAUCUUCUCUCAGGAUGAAGAUCGACUAAUCGCAAGAAGGACGAAGAUCAAGGGCAGUGUUUGCCUUGAAUCAAGGCAAACACUCUACAACUUCUCGCGCUACAGAGCAUCUUCAGACUGCAAACACUUCUACGAUGAUCAAUCGUCCAACUACGCAGAUCGCAAUACCUCCGACGAAGUGCAACCGUACAAUGACGAACAUCGGUCGAAUCAGGAAGACCUGCAACGCUAGGUUAUUUCUCGAUAUGGAAUGUGGUAUGUCUUCGAUUAUCUCUACUCAAUCUUAUGAUUUUUCAACCUGAUUUAAUCAAUUAAUUUGUUUAAUCAUCAUAUGAUGGCCAGUAACAGGUUAAAUCGAUACUCCUACAAACCAAAUCUAAAAACUGAAGGUAAGGUUAAAAUCUGGUCUCUUGCAGUUUUAGGUUUUGUUUUACUUUACAUCAGAUUUAUUGCUAAGAAAUCCUUUGAAUUCAAAGUUCAAUCAUCUCAAACUCACUAAAAUUAGGUCUACAGUUGUAUUUUUCUUGAAAUUUUAUCACAUUUAGGGUUUACUUAAUUUUAGAUUUCAAGCCAAAGUUGUGAUAAAACGCCAAGAGUUUGUGCUAAAAUAACUUUGAACUUUAACAGAGAAUUUUGGUUCUGAUUAUUUUUGUUAUCUAUUAGCAAUCAAUAUAUUUGUAUUGUGAUUGUUUUGAACAUAGAGUACAUAAUGAUAGUUCUGAAUUACCCAAUUGUUUUAUGAUAUGGUUUUCAAUAACACCGGUCUUACUAUUUCUCCUACAUAUCAAUGCACGAAUUAAGAGUUAUGGGUUUAGUUUAAAAGUUCAUCUUAGUUAAUUAAAAGUUAUAAGGUAAAAGUACAUCUUGAAUUGCUAUCUUUGCAAGUUACUAUUUGACAUUUUAAGAAAUGAUGCUUUAGAAUUAGCAUCUUCUCAAGCAUCAAUUGUUUUUAUGUUAUUAGUAUAGUAAAAAAUUAUGCAUAGAGGUUAAUAAAAGGUACAUUUUUAUACUAUAUCUUAAACAAUCUGAAGUAUAAGUCGUGGUUUUCAGAUGAGGUGAACUAUAAGUUAUGAAUUUCUUAUUAGAAGUUAUGAUUUUAGCUAUAGUAUUGUGUUGCAAUAUUUUGUUUUUACCUUGUAACUUUACCGGCGAGGACAUCUUAUAUGCAAGUCCAAACACUCUUGAUUUAAUUGAUUUUUCUUUUUAAUUAUCUUACGUGUCAUUGUUUGUUUUAUUUUGAAAGUUUUAUUUUUUCCCAAAAAAAGUUAUAAACUUUCACUUAGUAGUUUGGCAUUUCAUAUUAAAAAUUAUGAAGUAUUAAGAAUAUAUAAGUUUCUUUUAUUAACUAGUAAUAAUAGAAAAUAAUAUCAGUAGUAGUGGUGGUGAUAGUUUUAAGAAGUCUUUGUUUUUCUAUAAAUAUACUCUCUUACUGAUUUUGAUUCCUUGAAUUAAUGUGAGUUAAAAGUUACGUAUUUAGAUUUAGAAGUUAUGUUUCUAGUUUUAUUAGUGAUAAAACUAUGUUUUACUUAUCUUCAUUGUAGAAGAUCGAGGACAUAAUUGGCAAUAAUUUUAGAAGUUAGUUGUUUGGCUCUAUUAGUAGUUAGUACGCGAAUAGUGUUUUUAGUACAUGUUUCUAUGUUUCUAUUUUUGGGAAUGGAAAAAAAAUCAUAGUUGGAAUUCUUAUUACUACAUAUAAGCUAUAGUACUAGCUAACUCUGUAAGUGUGUUGCUAAAAGGUCAUUUUCACUUUAACCUUCUUUGAAGACAAGGACAACACGAGCCUCUAGAAUUAAAUAAAUUCUUUUACUAGCAACAAGAAAAAUAAUACUCCGCAAUAGCUAAUACUGAAGCUUGUCUUUUCUGUUUUAAAUUAAGUUGUGUGAUUCGUUGUGAGGUUCUCAAUAUGGGAUGGCUUUCGUGCUUGUGCAGUUCUGACAGGACUUCAAUAGUUUUGGUUAAACCACAUGAAAUUAUAACUUAUAAUUGUGAUUUUGCUUUUUUUUUAUGUGUAAGAAGUUAAUAUGUUUGUAUCUUGAUUAUUUUGAACAUAAAAUACCGCAUGAGAUAAAAGUUAUGCAUUUAUUAUUAGAAGUUCAGCUUAGGCAAUUAAAAGUAAUGAAAACAGAGUAGUCUGUAUAGUAUUUGACAAAAAAAAUCGUUCAACUUUCUUUAUAUAUAUACAGAGCAUUCGUGUACAAUAUCAAAAUAGAAUUGGUGGUCUUAUUUGUUGGUUUCAUUAUUUUUUGUAUUCAAAUAAAGUUUCUUACUUAUAUUGAUAUUUACCGCUAAUGUGAUUUUAUUGUUAUGCAUUUUGUUGUAGAAGUUAUGAUUCUGACUCUAUUAGUUAUGUACAUAUUUUAUUGUGUUCUAUAGAAGCCUGAAGAUUAUUCUGAAGUGGUAAAUGAUGAUGAAAAUGGUGUUGUUGAUGAGGAUAUUUCCAGAUGUUGAUCACUUGGUCUUGAGGUGGGGUAUACAAGUCAACCUUCAAAACCAGAAACAAGAAGUUACCUUGACAACACUUUUGAAGUGAAGGAGAAAGCAAAAAAAGCAGAUCAUUGUUAUGAAGUAGAAAGUUUAUCUACCAAUUAUAUGUUUUUUGUUGUGAACAAAGUCCAAAUGUAAUGCCUUGAAAUGAGAAUGGGAUGUGUAAUCUCCAACUACUUGCACAAAGUUGUGGUUAUAUUUUAAUUUUUUUUUGUAAUACUGUUGUUCACAUUGUAUCUACAACUUAAUCA